AUGUACCGGCGCACUGGCACUCGAGCACGCCAGAUGGGAGAACGGGGAGGUUCAAGCAAUAGCGUAGAUGCAAGGUCGAGGCAGGCAGCCAGAUCUCUGCCCGGCAAGGCUGGAUCUCAAAAAGAUAUCGCGACGGCGGCGAUGGCUUCAGUUGCGCGCGGGUGCACUCCCGUCCCGCUUUCCAAGGAUCCAACAGCCUUGGUCGUGUAG